ACUGCGUGAGCCCGGAGGAGCCGGCAAGGCAGAGGUCGCCUCUCUCCGCCGCUCUUCCCGAGACCCCGGUCGGGGACGAAUGACCAGGUGAAAAAUUAGACUAUUUUAAGAGGUGGAACUAAAUCUGAUAUUAAAUAAUGGCAACAGGUGACUUAAAAAGAAGCUUACGGAACCUAGAACAGGUGCUCCGCUUGCUAAAUUAUCCUGAAGAGGUGGACUGUGUAGGUUUGAUAAAGGGAGACACAGCAGCAUCUUUGCCCAUCAUCAGCUAUUCUUUUACCUCUUACUCACCGUAUGUAACAGAACUUAUAAUGGAAUCCAAUGUAGAGCUGAUAGCAAAGAAUGACUUGCGCUUUAUAGAUGCUGUCUAUAAGCUUCUUCGUGAUCAAUUUAAUUAUAAACCAAUUUUGACAAAAAAGCAAUUCAUCCAAUGUGGGUUUGCAGAACGGAAAAUUCAAAUUGUUUGUGAUAUUUUGAAUUGUGUGAUGAAAAAGCACAAGGAAUUAAGCAGUCUUCAGAAGAUUCCAUCACAACAAAAGAAGAAAAUCAGUUCUGCUAAGUCAGAACCUCCUUUAAGCAAUGAGAAAAUAUCUGCAGAAGCUAUUGGCAUUGAUAGCACUGGGAGGCUUAUAACUUCAGGAAAGAAAAAAGCUGUGGUGAUUCGUCACUUGUAUAAUGAAGAUAAUGUUAACAUUCCUGAGGAUACGUUAAGUACAGUAACAGAUGUUAAUGAAGCAGUUACUGUGUCUGACUUAAAUGCUGCCGAAAUAAAGAUGCCUGAAGUAAAGGUUCCUGAAAUUGAGGCUGAGCAACAGGAUAUAAAUGUUAAUCCUGAGAUUACUGCACUACAGACUAUGCUUGCUGAAUGCCAAGAAAAUCUUAAGAAACUAACUUUGAUAGAGAAAAGGUUAGACUAUUUAGAACAAAAAAUGAAAGGAAAAGUGAUGGUGGAUGAAAAGACCUGGACUAAUCUCCUUAGUCGCGUUACUCUUCUUGAAACAGAAAUGCUUUUGUCUAAAAAGAGUGAUGAGUUUAACGAAAUUAGUGAAGACUACGCUUCUUGUAGCGACACAAAUCUUCUGAAUCCUCACAGAAAAAGCAAAGUAGAGAGGCCAGCAAGUAUUCCUCUGUCCUCUGGCUAUAGUACAGCAUCAUCAUCAGAUUCAACUCCCAGAACCUCUACCAUUAAUUACUGUGGUUUGAAUGAGAUUUCAGAGGAAACAACAAUCCAGAAAAUGGAAAGGAUGAAAAAAAUGUUUGAAGAAACUGCAGAGUUACUGAAAUGUUCAAAUCACUAAUUGUAGGAUUUUCUACAU